AUGCUUAAAGAAGAAAUCUGUAAAGAAAUAAGCAAUGCUGGUAUGUUUUCUAUUGAAGUAGACAAACCCCAAGAUAUUUCUGAAUCAUAUAAGAGAAUGCAAAUAUGGAAUAUGGUUUCUUACGAUGCAAAGAAAAAAAUACUUCAAAGCAUUGGCGAAACCAGAUGGUGGGCCAAAGAAAAGGCUUUAACUACAAUCUUUGGUAGUUCUAAUGACUUUGAAUCUUGCCUUUUUGUUGAUUUGAGGCUUUGGGACUUGAAACGAAUCAAAAAGUUUCAAGUGAUAUACGAGUUAUGGCAAAAGAGAGAAAAAACACCUAGAAGAAAACAAUUUUUUGAUGAAAAAUCAAGGAACGAAGGGCCAAGUAACCCUAAUGAAGCUUUUAAAGUGCCAUUUUUUAAUUUCAUAAGGGAUACUGCUGUUGAAUCUAUGAAAAAAAGGUUUGGUAAAAACAUGGACGUUUGUAGAAAAAUGGCGAUCCUCAGUCCGACAAACUUUAUAAAUAUUAAAAAUUCAUUAGUACCAUCAAAUGCUUUGAGAGUUCUUUUAAAUUGCUACCAUAUAAUUCCCAAGCAACACUACAAAAACUUGUUGAAGAGUUGCAUACCUUUGCUAGCAACUGAGAAAACUUUAAACAAACAAUUCAAGAUUCUUAUAACACCUCUUUUAUUCAAGAAGGGGAAGUUGAGGAAAUAG